AGAAAAAAACGAAAGGGAAAGAAAAAAGAGAGAAAAGCCCUGAGGAAGAAGGAAUUUGAGAACAAAUAAUGAUGGUUAUAACCAGCACAAGCCCCGUGUACAGCCGCGGUUCUCUCGCUGAUGGGCAGUAACGCGCCUGGGAAAGCCGCGGCUCACGGCCCCGCGCGCUGCCCUACCCCGCAGCCGGCCCGGGGGGGCCCUGUGGCCUCGCGUGGGGUUCCGCGGCGCCGGGAGUGGGGUUUGGCUGCCUCAGCCUGCAGCCCCCGCGCCCCGCCGGCUCCCUUCGCCAGCCUCGGCUCCGCGUUAUACGCACUGGGGAUUUUCGGCUGGUUUCAUGGGGUCACUUGCCUGCAAAUCCCAACACGGAGAUCACGCACGGGGAAAUACUCAGGAAUAAAACUGUCAGCCACCCACCCCCAACACGCAGCCAACAGCAUUUCUUCCCUUCUUUCUCCCUUUCUCCCUCUUUUUUCCUUUUUUUUUUUUUUUUUUCCCCCCCCCCCCCCCCGCUUCCCCUGCUCUGACAGCAGCCCGUGCUGCCCUGCGCUGCCCGCGGUUGGGGCCGUGCCGUUGCAGGACUCCUGCUCGGCCCCAGCGCGGGACCCUGGCACUUCGUGUCCCCGCCUGGGCUGCGCAGGAGCCCCCGCAGCUCGCCGGGCGGGGAGUGCAGCAGGAGCCGCCCUAAGGCAGUCGCUCUCUGUCCCCCGGUUUUCCUCCUGCUCUGCUUUCCAGGAGCUGAGCACCGACUGCCCCUCGGGGCUGGGGACAAGCCGAGGGGAUGCCGGCUCUGUCCGUGUGCCUGGUGAUGAGCCUCUGGGGAGGGGACUCAUCCCUCGGCUGUGGGGGGCACAAUGACAGAUUCCCCAAGGACAACGUGGUCCUGCGAGGGGCUGGAAAAUGUGCGGGAUGAGACAGGUUGUGGGGAGGGACCCGGAAGGUUUGGAGGGACAACGUUAGCUGGCAAGAGGUCAGCUCAGCCCGGCGCCCACUGUUUGUCCCCAGGAGCCCCUUUCCUUGGUGAAGCCCUAUCAGUAGCCCUGCAUGCUCCUGCUGCCCAGGCAGCCCACAGACCUACAGAAAUAUACACGCAUCCUAGUGGAGAUUAGAAGCUCGUAAAGAAAAUAAAACAAGAAGUCUGCAGUGCCGGGUGCUGCGUGGAUGCAGCCUGUGCAGCUUUCCCAGCUCCUGCCCCACUCCCCCCAGCUCCUCUGGGUGCUGCUCUUUAAUGCUGUCGAAAAGCUCUUUAUGGAGGUGCUGCUGUGCCUUGCUCCAUGUAUGGGUGCAUUUUCGCCCAGCCCUUGCAGCCUGGCACCUUCCCUGCUCAUGCCCAGCCCUGGAGAGCAGAGGGAAGCCCCUCCCGGCUUCAUGGAGGGAAAUGGAGCUGCAGCCACAGGGAAAGAAGAUGCCUUUAGUCUGAAGGAAAGAUCCCCCCACCAGUACCGAGGUGCCAAAAAUGGCUCAACUGAAGCAAAUUUCCUUACUGCAGUGCAAGCGUGGGGCAGAGCGGCAGGAGCCACUCCUGCUCCGUGGGGCAGGACAGCACUGCUGUGCCGCAGCCGAAGGAAAACCGUGAGCGCAGCGCUCCUCGCUGCGUCCUGCCUGCGGGGUGAGCAGUGCACAAGGUGUCCACUUGCAGCGAGCUCGCUGGAGGGAAAGGGCGGCAUUUCUUACGACUCAGUUGUGGUUGCAUCGAAGAUUUAUAUUCGCUCGGCCCCGCAGCAGCAUCCUGUGCAGACAUUUGUUUUGGCUGAAGCCAGCCCAGUCCGUGUUUGGAUGCGGGCCGUUGGUCGUGCGGUGCUCUGCCUCCCAGCGAUUGAGCCCCGACAGCGGCAGCCCAAACGGGGCAGCAGUCCCACAAGUCCUCGUGUGGAGAGGCGCUGUGGAGCUCAGCCGCCAUCCGGAGAUGUGGCAUCCCCAGAGCUCCCUGCCUGCAGCCGCUGUCAGCCCUGCCUUGGGAGGGCUUUUCCCUCUGUUAGGACAGUAGCACCCUGCUAUUCCUCGCUGUCCCACCUCCUUCCCUGUCGCAGCGAAGAGCAGAUCACCACUGCUUGUUCUGGAGCUCAUCUGUUUUCAUGCGGAUUUGGUGUGGCAGAUGAUGCUACAAAUUAAUCACUGACACAACACAGUAUGUUAGCACAAACAAAUUAACACAAACAAUAAUCGCAGGGCUCAGUGUCCUGGCAGGAGGCUGCACAGCCCGCAGGGCUCCUGCUGGGAUAAAUCCUUUCUCUGCGUUGUCGGGCAUUUAAUUGGACACAUUGCGAACUUGACCCAAGCACCAUAAGGAACGGAUGCUUCAGCUGAUCUCAGCUGCUUCUUCGAAUCCAUUUCAGCCUAAUAACCGACUAACUCCAGCCCAGAGAUUUUUCUUCUUGCGUCAAUGCUGGAGCGGAACCCUCUGGAACGCGGCCAGCCGAGAGGCACCCAGGCUCUGUGCUGUCACUGAGGGCAGCUCGCACAUUUACCAGCGUACAGCACAGUGCAGUCCCUGGGAGCAUGGGCCAGACCCUAAAAUGAACCUGAGGUGCUUCCUGGAGCCCGUAUCUGGCUUCAGAAAUGCAGACUGGCAGCAUCCUGGGCAAAGAGCCGGCAGCCUGCAGCAGGCGUCCAAUGGAAUGGGCCUUGUAGCAAAUCACCCAGCCACCGGGAAACAGAGCAGAGCUGCGCAAGGCUUGGCACCCCGACUCCUUCCUCCGCCAUGGCUCACACAGGCUCAGCACGGGGAGCCCAGGAUCACUCAACACUAAAUUAAAGCCUUUUGCUAGAUGCUUCUCAGUGUCUUCAAUGUAAGCAACAACGAUGAUGUUUAGAUACCUUGGGAAAGGUGUUUGGCACUGAAAAGGAUCCAGGAUGAUUUUGGCUUAGCCUUCCGUACAAUUCAUUUACUAUAUUUUUAUGAUUUUUUGUACAAAAGAACCCCGCAUCAUUUCUAGCUCUUCUCUGACAACAUCUUGUCAACUCUUGUUCUCCCUACUCUUUAACUCCACUUUCCAUUUACAGUUGCAAUGCCAGCCUGCAACCAGUCGGGAGUCGAUGUUCCUGUGGAUUUUUUGGUGUUCUUUGCUGAUUCUCCCAAAGAAUACUUUCAAUGGCAAAGGGUGAUCGGAUCCAACCUGCCCUCGCCAAGGUGGCUGAUGCACGUCCUGCGGGGCUCAGAGGCAGCUGAUGGACAUGAAGGCGCAGUCAGAAUUCCCAGAUGUGACAAACAGCCAUUUCCUUCCCCCAGGAGAAAACCUGGCCCUGGUGAAGCCAGCGGCGAGACCCCAUCAUUUGAGGAAGGCACCGUGUGUGGAGCCUGUAAGACGUGGGGCCACGCUGUGUAGUGCUGGCUCUGCUCUGAGGGCUCUCCAUCUCUGCCUCACGUCCUGUUGUGGCCUGCGGGCGCUCUCCAGGGAAACGCCACCAUCUCCACAAGCAGCACAAACCGAGUGGCACUCGGGGAUGGCUCAGUUUCAGGAGCUGCCGAUGCAGCGGCCGAUCUUUCUUCCUUGCCAGCACGACUCGGCUCACGCUUUCCUCUGCGGAAUUUGCACAAGGACAGAUUAAAGAAAGCCAAUUUCCUUUCUCAUCAAAUCAAUUCCUUCUGGGGCAAACAAAGCCACGAGCACAGCGUUCUUGUCCUCCCGUGAUCUUGUGGUUUGCUCUGGCUGGAAGAGGCAGCUUUGGAAAACCCAAGCCCAUUUCCUGCUCUGCGUGCUGCAGUGUAUAUCCUUGUCUCAGCCCUGGAAAUGCUUUGAUGGAUAUUAUUAGGCCCGGAAAGCAUUUGGAGCUCCUUUCUUCCGUACGAGCUGACCAAAGUGCUAUGGGAUGAAAGAAGGGCAAAUUGGAAGGGUUUGUGGAUGCUGCGGGUGAGGCGGCCUCGCUCAGGAACCCACGUUGUGCUGCUGCCUGUGGUGGGGAGCAGAGCGAAGAGCUGUGGAGCUGGAUCGCCACUGGGCCCCAGGGAGGGAGGAUUUUGUCCACGCUCACCUGCCAAGAGGCAGAGCUGUGGUGGGAUGGACAAAAGCCUUGCCCUGUUGUUGGUGCUGCUGGCUGGAGCUCAAGCGCUUUGAAACUGGGAUGGAGUCAAAGUCUUCCAGUCCCAGGUUUCCAUUUCUGCAGAGUUACAGCACUGUCCUGCCCCACAACGCAUUUUACUCAGCAACUUUGAGACAAACUAGUGCAGGCUGUGGGCACAGGAAGGGACUGAGCAGGCUGAGGCAGUGUCUCAGAGGAGAAAGGCUGUGCUGGUUUGUCCUCGGGAUGUCUGCCCCUUGGUUUGCUUGCCCACCAAGGCAGCUCCUGUCUUGCUGUGUCCACCAGUGGGAAGAGCUGUGCUCUGUAGCGCUGGUCGAACGGAGGGGGUGAGGUUAGAAGGCACAGCGCAGCACCAACCUGAUGCCAAGCUGCCUGCAUGCAGCGCUGGGUGAUGGACUGUGGCCUCUUCUUAAAUCCAUACACCAGGUCCAGCAGAUCCCAUCUCUUUCCCCAGCUUGUCCUCAUCAAGUCCCACGAGCGAGUGAAACCAGCUGCUAGCCUCUCCUCCACCGCCCGUUGCCCACUCCGAGGCCCCAUUCAUGCUCAGCCCUGCAGCCAUCAGGAAUGGGAGCCUCUCACCACUUCGAAUGUAAAAGUGGCUGCAAGAGAAGCCAAGUAAAACCUUUCUGCAGCUUUGCUUUGCACGGAGCUGGGCUCUGAUCAGUGCUUUGCCACUAACACAGUCAAGAAAUGACAGUGCGGAAAUCUUGGGGAGCGAACAGCACUUGUGGUUAUUGGUGAAAUCCCAUAUUAGUAGAAAGGUCUGGUAAGUGGAAGCAGGAGUCGCUCUGACUACAGCAUCUGUUGGAUGUGGAGAGUGGUUAUGACUCUCUCCAAAUACAAUGCACAUGUACUGGGGAAAAUGACUGCUACAAUAACAGGAAUAAAUCUUAAUAGAGACUUGGGUGAUAACAGACACCAUAGGGGAGUUAUCAAAAUGAAAAACAUAUGGCAGCGUCUCUGCCAGACCUGAAUGAAAACCCUUCAGAAGGACCAGCAGACCUUGUACCUGAGAAUGAUAGAAGAGCAGAGGAGACAGCGACAGAGGAACGGGGCUGAGCAAACAGGCUGAAUCCCACCAUCGUGCUCUGCUGAGAAACUACAGCCAUGGGCGUUUGGUGUCAGCCCUGCUACCUGCCACCCUCGUGCGCGAGCUGGGAUCUCAGUGCUGCUCAGCUCAGCCCUACCCACUUCUCUGAGCUUUGGCAGCAUGGAAGGCUGCGAGCCAGCCUGGACAGGGUCCAUUUUUGACUGUUUAAACAAGACAUCAACCCGAACUGUUUAUCAGCACGAGGUCUCAUUUUCUCUGCCUUUUGGCAGCAAGCUGGGGUGAGGUUUGCAGGGAAGAAAUCGUGGAAGAGCAAACUCAGAACUAGGGAAGUUCAGGCGCAGCCCUGGGCUGCAAGGGCAGGAUGGAUUUGUUUUCCUGCAGUUAUAGGAGCUACAAACUGAGCCCAGACUUCAUGGUAUGGCAAAGAACAAGCAGACGGGAAGCCUGGCUGACACUGACAGUUUCUUGGCAGAAAGCAAUGAGAGACAGGACAGAGCGACGUUAAAUAAAAUCACACCUUCUCCCCAGUGCUGGGAAAUGUCUUCAGCAGAGGAGAAACCACAGAUUAGCCAGAGCGCAGAAAACCAGUUUCACUCUCCUUGAGAGCAAACUGGCGGGUGAUGGACAAACACGUGUGCAGCAGAAACAGAGCUGGAUUGGCACAAGAUGAGGACAUCAUUUUUCCCUGGGUUUGCAGGAAGGGAGCAGGAGGAGUGAAAAGCAUCCCCAGGAUCCUGGGGCACGGGGAGGUGUCAAGGCUGUGCUAAUCAGACCUCACCUUGGCACUGGGAGCGGGACGUGCUGAUGGGUGACCUGGGGGUUACACACCACCACAGGGACCAGCUGCUGCUCCCUGAUUCGGGUCUCAGGUUUGUCCCGCGCUGACCGUGUCCAGCCCUGCGGCCACACAAUACUGGGACUGGGCCCGGGGACAGGGUGAGGCCCAAGCGGGGACCGUUGCCUCCCUCUUCCCUCACAGAGCUGAAUGUGUGGGUUCCAAUCAUCUCAGCCUGAGAAAACUUGUGGAUUAAAUAGUGGAAAAUUCAAAAGACAGCUGAGGAAGGGGCUUACCACGGUCAAGACACUUGGCAUGCUAGCGUUAGACAACCAGGGGCACCAGCAGUCCGUAGAGACGCUGUUACGGCCAUGGAGACAAGGCUGGAGGGAAAGAGGACCACACAAUUGUCCUGUCCUAAGUACUUAAUACCUCCAAGCUGUCAGGGACUUUGCCCCUUGUUUUCUUUUUUUUAAUUGCAUCCCAAGUCUGCAGUCCCUGCUCGCAGCAGGUGUCUGAUCUGUGCUGGACUGAAGCUGGUGCGUGGUGCAGCCCAGCUGCUCUGCUGCAGCAGUCAGGUGGGACGCUGGCUGCACCGGUUACCCACCUUGAUUUAACCCAGCUUGACUAACCCAGGCUGCAGUCUUGUUUGCUGACAGUCAAAAACCAUCCCUGUGCAGGGUAUCAGCAAGGAAGUGUCUGAAGUUUUGAGCUGAUUUAUUCCACCAGGAGAAGGAUGGAUCCUGCCCUCGCUUUCGUAGGCUGAGAAUCACUCGUGUCUGUGGCUGAAAUGAUCACUGAAAUGAGACUGUCCCGGGGACGGGCAGCAACCACUGGAACUCAGACAAGAUGCAGAUGCCUGGCACUGGCUCAAGCUGAAGAGCAUCAGGCAAAAGGACUAGAGAUCAAACAGCAUCUUUACAACAGCCCAGCCCAGAAGGUUUGCUUUACCACGCGUUUAGUCACAAUAAACUAGCCAAUAAAACAGAAAUAAACGGUCACCAAAAAUUAUUUCAGUCCAUAAAACAAAAAAGAGUGUUUAACAAGGAAAAAUAAAAUGUUAACGCUCCUCCUCUUUGCUGUCAUAUAAAAUGUGUAGGGUUUUACAGGCAGUGAGGAAAUGCAAAGCUUCCCCGGACUUGUGGCACCUCCGUGAGCGAGGCGACAGCAUCGGGGCAGUGCCCACACUUCCCCUGUGCUGGGGGACAGGGAGCGCUGCCCAGGCAGCUGCAGCUCCACCGGGAGCCAGGCAAUAAAACGGGCGCUGAGCUGGGCUCUCGUGCCGAGCAGACAAGGCUUCCUCGAGGUUUAGAGGACCACCUUCAUGCACAGAGUGACCCCCCGUGUUUAAACCAAACAAUCUUGACCUCUCUAUGCGUUUUAACCACAUAAAAGCUCACCUCUUGGACUCUCCAUUAGGUUUUAUGAUGUGCUUCCAUAUUUAAAUGGACAUGGCUCACACCAGGGUUUCUGCCG